AUGGGGAAAGACUAUAGCAUCUGCGUGGGCGCGGUCGGUUUCGGCGGCGGUGUCUGGCACAGCCCGGAUGGCGGCGACUCCUGGAACCGGAUCAGGGACCCCUUCCCCUUAGGCAGCCAGGUGCGGGGUAUGGCCGUCUACCCCGACAACCCCAAUCGCAUCCUCGCCGGUUCGGACCAUGGCAUCUACCGCAGCGAGGACAGUGGUGCCACCUGGGAAAAGCUGUGGUCGCCCAUGGAAGGAAUGCCCAUCUGGUCAAUAGCGAUUGACCCACAGGAUACCAAUACCAUCUUUGUGGGCAUCAAGCCCGCCGCCCUCUUCCGAUCAAAGGACGGCGGUCAGAGCUGGAGCAAGCUCUCGGUGCAGAUGGCCCAGGAAUGCCACAUCGGGCCGCCCAUGGUGACCAUGCUGAUGGUCGACCCGCAGGACUCCCGCACUGUCUGGGCCGGAGUGGAAGUGGACGGCGUUUACCGCAGCCUCGACGGCGGCGAUACCUGGACGCAUGUCGAGGGCGGAGUCCAUCCCGACAUCCACGGCAUGGCCAUCAGCCCGGGCGAGCCGCGGCGCGUCCUGGCCAGCACGCCCCGUGAGAUCUACGCCACCACCGACAUGGGAGAAAGCUGGCAGUCCGUAGUCACCACCGACAAGUUCGUCCUGCCCUACAGUCGGGGCGUCGCAUUCAAGUCCGAUGACCCCAACGUCAUCUUCUCCGCCGUUGGAGAUACGGCCAUCGGCAGCAUCGGCGCAAUUCAGCGCUCCCAGGACGGCGGCGCGACCUGGGAGACGCGGCCCCUGCCCGUCGAGCCCAACUCCAACAUCUGGAAACAUCGUCACCCACGCCGCAGACCCCGAUUUCGUCCUCGCCUCCAGCUUGCUGGGAGAGGUCUACAGCAGCAGCGACGCCGGUGA